CCGCUGAUGUCUGGGACAUGAGGGCCUCCUAUGAGCCGCUCAGGACAUCUUCCCGCCGCCUGGAGAGUCCCUUCUCUUGGGGCUUCCUGGGGAUCCUAGUGCUGGCCCUAGAGCUCCUGCUACCCACAUGCUCAGAUGCCUGUGGUGACCCACCAAAAUACCCAUCUAUGAAACCUAAGGGUAAUCCUGCACCUCCUUAUAAUGCUGGAUUUGCAGUAGAAUAUGAGUGUCGCCCAGGAUACAGGCCUAUGGUUCCUCUUGUUCAUCCCACCUCUGCUGUUUGUCAGUCUAAUGGCACAUGGGCACCUCCUCUCCGAGAGGCCUGUACAAUUAAGUCUUGUCCAAAGCUAGCAGGACCUUCACAUGGCGAUGUAUUCUACGAUAAUGGAACUACCACGUAUGGUUCACAAGUUCAUUAUGAUUGUGAUGAGGGUUAUUAUGUAGUUGGAACAAAAAUUCGAAAAUGUGAAACCCUUGGAAAGGCUGUGAGAUGGAGUAAGAAGGCACCAACUUGUGAAAAGAUUUUUUGUAACUCACCUACACGUAUACGAUAUGGAGACUUCAACAAUAGCCACAGGACUAGAUUUGAAUAUAAAGAAAAAAUUAUUUAUACUUGCAAUACUUCGAAUGAAACAGAUCAUUUCACACUUGUCGGAGAGAGCAUUCUUGUUUGUAUUCGACCGGAAGAAUGGAGUAGUGAUCCUCCUGAGUGUAAAGUGGUCAAAUGUCCAUAUCCAUCACUCCCUGGUGGAACUAUUGUGUCAGGAUUUGGGAAAAAAUAUUACUACAAAGCAGGAGUUGAGUUUGAAUGCAACCAGGGUUAUUCCCUUCAAGGCAGCCGCAAAAUUGUCUGUGAAGCUGAUAAUACCUGGGUACCCGAGAUUCCUCGCUGUGUUCAAGAUGGCAAGCCUGUUCAACCAACCAAGGCUCCAGUUCCAGGUAGUCCAGAUGGCAAGCCUGUUCAACCAACCAAGGCUCCAGUUCCAGGACGCCCCACUCCCAGUGAUAAAACACCAUCUAAUACAUCAGGUGCAGGAGUCAUUGUUGCAAUUGUUUUAGUUGUUGGUGCUUUCCUGGAACUUAUUGUCAUCUGAGUCCUGUAUCGCGACACAAGAAGAGGAAAGGGUAACUUAAAGCACGUUUCUUGAACAUAUUGGUGCCUCUCCCUCUUGACGUACUUUUGUGCAGCUUGUGUUUUCACUCUGUAUUUCAUGCAUUUUUUUUCAAUGUGCCUACAUGACUGUGCCAUCAGAAUUGCAUUUCUUUACUAAAAAUAUUUAUAACGAAUUAUACUAUCAUUGUAACAAGAAAAAUCUGUGUAGAGCUGCUUCAGCUAUAUGUCUAUAAGGAAAAUUAAAAAAAUUUUAUUUUAAUUUUA